AUGGGGACACCUCUCCCCUUAGGUUGGAAGUCUCUGAACAUCGAUCGUUAUGAUGGCUCGUCCGAUCCAAAUGAGCACAUUGAUGCGUACGUCACACAGAUGAACAUGUACACUAAUGAUGACGCCCUAAUGUGUCAGGUUUUCCCAACCUCGUUGAAAGGCCCAACACUCACUUGGUACACUCAAUUGCCAACAGGAUCGAUCGAUAAUUUUGAGACCUUGAUGAGACGAUUCACAGCACAAUAUACAACGAGUCGACCUCAUCACAUCACGUCUGCCGCCCUAGCCAACCUCAAGCAGGGCGAGAACGAGUCCUUAAGAAAUUUCAUGGAGCGAUUCGCCAAUACGUCCAUCCAGAUGCGUAACCUCAAUCCUGAAGUCGCCUUGCACUCCAUGCUCAUGGCGUUGAAGCCAGGACCUUUCGUCGACAGCCUUUGCUGA